ACGAAUUUCGCACCGGCAAUUAGUAGCGUUCCGACUCAUCACAAUAAUAGUGAAGGAAAAUUUCAUUAAGAAAAUAGUUUAACUUAAAACAAGUUCUAAAUUCACUGUUAGAAUAAAACGGUAAAAAAAAACUAUGGCUUCUCAACCGGCCAGGGUUAUAAUUGCCUCUAGGGUAAUAAGUGGCCGAAGUCAAAAUGGAGACAGGACUAGAUGUUGCUGCUGCCGUUUCUCAGCUGUUUUAACGUUAAUACCAGAUAUUUUCAUCUUUUUCUCGGCUGGCAUGAAUUUGGCCUUGGGCUUAGGAUGGGAUUAUUACAGCGCCUUUGGACCAGUAAAACAUUUUCGAUUUUCUUGGUUUAUUGGAGUAAUAGCUGGUGCUUUGCUGGCGCUGCUAUUCCGCUUGGUCAUAAGCAAACAAUUCAUAAGGGUAUUGGCUAAAAUCUUAAUUCUAGCCGAAGGUAUACUCUUCACCAGUGCCCCCUACGAUGAACAAGCCUUGUUAGCAGGACGCUAUCUGAAUGGCAUUGCCGUGGGCUUAUCCACCAUAAUAUUUUUAUUGCGCGCCAGCGAGAUUAGCCCCAAUCAUCAAAGAGGAUCUUGUCUGGCCAUCGAACAGUACUGCAUUUCGGUGGGCAUAGCCAUACAAAUGAUUUACACUUCGCAGUGGGCAGAUGAUACCAGGUUUCCGGCAAAUCGUUUACAUGGCAUUCUAGAUAUUAUAUUUGCUGCUUGUGCCAUUGCUUCGGCAGGGCGCUUUGGUUCCAUUGAAUCGCCUGUAGAUUGGUUGUGGAAGGGUCAGGAGACCGCCGCCUGGGAAUGUUUGGUUGGCCUGCAAUACCCCAAUGCAGCGGAUGGCGCCACCAAAAUCCGCCUGGAGGAACUUACCGAAUAUGUGCGUUAUGAGGCAAAUCUUUCGCUUAUGGAUGAUAUAAAACGUGGAGCCUUGCCUUUGGUUAAGAUGAUAUUUUUCCGCAGCAUGAUUUUGGCCUUUAGUUUCUCGCUACCCCUCAGUCUGAUACUGCAGCAUAGUUCGGAUGUUAACUACACAACGUGGCCUGCCAUAGUUGCCGGAUGCCUAAGGAUUUUUGGAGGUUUCAUAGCCCAAAUGCAAAUCGAUUUUCUGGGUCGCAAAUCGCCAGCACUAUUUUGUAGCAUUGUAGUGGGGGCUUUUGUGACUGGCAUUGGAGGGAUUUGUGCCGAUUUUUUCAAUUUACAAAGUGUCUAUGAAAUGUCUGUGGUCACCACUCUCUGUCUGCUCAUACAAUUCUUUGCCGGUUGUUUUGCCCCCUUCACAUCGGCCUUUCUGGGUGAGGCUUUCCCUUGGAUAUUAAAGCCCUACUUUAUGGCCAUUGUGGUGGUGAUGGAACAGAUUAUUCACAUUAUAGUCAUCUGUACAUUUUGGGAAUUCAACAGUGGGCUAUUUUUGGCUCCUGGUAUUUUGAUUAUUGUUGUUUCCAUGAUAUUGGCUGUGACUAUGCCCGAGACAAGAAACACAAGCUUGAUGGAGGCUCAAGGUCGUUUUCGCAAUUUAAUAUAUUUCAAAGCUUAUUGAGUAGAGUAAAACAAAACAAACAAA